CAAGCGCCUUCUUCCCGAAGAAGAAGAAGGAGAAAAGCAAGAAACACCAUCUCAAGCUCAGGCCCAAGCCCAAGCUCAAGUUCAAGUUCAAUCUCAAGCAGUAGCAGAGGAAGAAGAAGAAGAAGAAGCUCAAGCUUUUUCAAAGAGAGAAGAAUCAUGACCGCUGAUUUAGAAUUACCCCCAGGCUUCAGAUUCCAUCCAACGGACGAGGAGUUGGUGAUGCACUAUCUCUGCCGUAAGUGUGCGGCACAGUCGAUCGGAGUUCCGAUCAUCGCAGAGAUUGAUCUAUACAAAUACAACCCAUGGCAGCUUCCAGGCUUGGCACUUUACGGUGAGAAAGAAUGGUACUUUUUCUCUCCAAGGGACCGGAAGUACCCAAACGGUUCACGGCCAAACCGGGCGGCCGGGACCGGUUAUUGGAAAGCGACUGGAGCAGAUAAACCGAUUGGGCACCCGAAACCGAUCGGAAUCAAGAAGGCUUUGGUUUUCUAUUCUGGGAAGGCACCCAGGGGAGAGAAAACCAAUUGGAUCAUGCACGAGUAUCGCCUCGCCGACGUCGAUAGGUCGGCUCGCAAGAAGAACAGCUUAAGGCUUGAUGAUUGGGUACUGUGCCGAAUCUACAAUAAGAAGGGCAGCAUACAGAAGCAAACCGCCGUCGACCAGAAACCGGUGACGGCAAAAACCAAGGCUUCAGAAAUCAUUGACCAGAAGCCGGAAACCACGGCGAUGAAUGGACGGAAAAUGAUAUCGCCGUCACCUAUGGCGGCACCGCCGUUGUUUGACGAUUUCCCGUACAUGGACACAUCGGAUUCAAUACCGAGGUUACAUACGGAUUCCAGCUGCUCCGAGCACGGGCUAUCGCCGGAAUUCACGUACGAGAGGGAGGUGCAGAGCGAGCCCAAAUGGUGGGAAAAAGCCCUCGAAGUUCCAUUUAAUAACAUGGAUGCCAUUACAGAUAACCCUUUCACUCAGUUCCACGACACCAACGGCAACUUACAGAAUCCCUUGCAGGACAUGUUCAUGUAUCUGCCGAAACCCUUCUGAGGUCGGAUUCGGGUCGGGCGGAUCAGAUGGUAAAAACCGAAUCUUCGAUGCUUGCAUGGCACACGAGAUUCAAAGUCUGUGAGCGUGCACGUGCGAGGGCGGAACAGGAGACGAGUUGUGGGAAGUGUUAGCAUUUGGGUUGGGCAAUCGGACGGUCAUUGUUAGAUCUUCCAAAUGAUAGUAUAGAUAAGAAUUUGUAGGUAUACAACAUGUAUAUAUGCAUGUAUACUUCAUUAUUGUGGGUACUGAUCUACUGGUGGGUCCCACUCUAUUCUUGUAGUUGUAGCUGAUUUUUUGUUCGUUUAGUGGGAAAUGUUUUCAUGGGAAACAAA